GGGAGCUAAAGCUUUUUUGAUACAAGUCAUGGAGCUCUUCCUGUAAGCGUCCUAGCUCUGCAUAGCCUUCCAUAAGAUUUUCCACAUACAAGCCCACAAGCCUUCAAGCUGAUCAGUAGGUUUCAGUCAGGUCUGUCGACUCAGCAUUUGAGGGAGGGAGCAAGAUAAACAAAAAUGGCCAGUGGACAGUUGUCGAGGGCAGAGGCGUUGGCAUGCUCAGGCUGCAGGCAUGCAUGCCACGUGAUGCUCUACUCUGACACGAAAACUCAGCUGUUUGGGAAGAUUCCCAUCAGACAUAUCAUACUGAUGCAGAUGCGUUUUGACGGUCUGCUGGGUUUCCCUGGCGGGCUUGUUAACCCAACGGAGGAGACCCUGGAGGCGGGCCUUAGCAGGGAAUUGUUGGAGGAGCUGGGCGUGGCUCUUCCUAUAUCGGUAGAAGAUCAUGUGGACUCUUGCCAUGCCCCUGCUUCAUCCCUCUCCUCCUCCUCCCGUCUUAUCACUCACUUCUAUGUGAAGAAGAUGGAAGAGGAGCAGAUUAGGGAGGUGGAGAGAGCAGCUGCAUCCACUGCAACAGAUCAUGGACAGGAGGUUCUGGGAAUGGUCAGAGUCCCGCUCUACACCACAAAAGGCGGGGGAGGCCUCGCGUCUUUCCUGUCGCACUCGUUCAUCGGCAAUGCUCGCUCCCAGCUGGUCGGCUCUCUGCUGCGCUUCAACCUGGUCGCACCCAAGGAGGUGCAAAAAGCCCUCACACACUCUCUGAAGAUAAACACACACACCUCAGAGGACCUGAAAGUGGUCUUUUCGCUGACAGAGGCGAAGAGGAAACGCCUUUGAAACAUACCUGCACGUGCAUCAGAACAUCCUCUCAAGCAUUCGGUUUGGCCAUCUGCAACAAUCCUUCGCUCACACACAUAAUCCUACACACACACUCUCUCUCAUACUGAUUCUGAGCUGGUGACUCAAAAUUGCCUGCUGUGUGUCAGAUUGGGGAAAACAUUAUCAACUCCUUUACCAUCAAUGGAAAUAAAAUCAUUCACACUGUCA